AUGUCGGACACUUCCUCUCGAGAAGGAUCCCCAACGUCAGACUCCCCACAAUGGCAGCCCGAUGAAGAUGCAGAUGAGUGCUUCAAUUGCCACAGACGCUUCUCGACUUUCUUCAGGCGCCACCACUGCCGCAAAUGCGGCCGGGUCGUGUGCAGCGGGUGCUCUCCUCAUCGCAUCACUAUACCUCGUCAAUUCAUCGUCAACCCUCCGGACCUGAUGGACCAGCCUGCUACGAAUGAGCCUGUCCGCUUAUGCAAUCCGUGCGUGCCGGAUCCACAGCCUGAUCCGGGCGCCUUGUCAUCAGCCAUGGACAUCCUGUCCGUGAACCCAUCCAGCAGAGAAAUUUGGACGUCAAGGCAGCCUCCAGUGCCACCACAUUCACCACCACAGCAUCCACGACGUCAUCACUCCACGGCCACAUUCGAUCAGAUCCUCAAUAGCCCGCCUCAACCACCGCGCAACGAGGACCCACGGCGCCUCCGGGCCAGGACCAUGGCCGACUCCCUCGAAACGCAACGUAGACCACGUGGUAGCUCACUCUACGCCCAGCACAUGCGUGACAUGGGCACCUCAGCCCCACCAGCGUCAGCACCACGGCGAGCCCCACGGCCCCGUCUGAACGAAGAAGACAUCUGCCCAAUCUGCUUCCGCGCCCUUCCCCCCAAAGGCCCUAACGGCGAGGAAACCCAACGGGAAGCGCAUAUCGUCGAUUGCAUCACUUCUCGCUCCCCAGCUGCACGGGACCCCAACGCGGUACCCAGUGAAGCGACGGCCAGCUCCUCGUCGCGGCCCACCCGACUACGGAUCCUGCCCUUCACAGCGACAGAGAAGGACUGCGUGAGCACUAGUAAUGACGGUAGCUCACCGGAGUGCUCCAUCUGUAUGGUCGAGUACGAUCCCGGAGACGAGCUGGCCCGGCUCGAGUGCUUUUGCAAGUUCCACAAGGAGUGUAUCGUGUCGUGGCUCAAUCGGAAGGCAGAGUGUCCUGUGCACAAGGCUGCGAGCAUGUAUUAG